CGCCCGAGUCGUCACGGCCCUGCCGUUGUCUGGAUCCCGUCGGCAAGAAGAUUAUUUACAAACAACGACUGUCAGCGGAGUUCGGUUCCAGCUGUCUGGCUGCGCGGACGCGAAUUUGUACCGAGCCGCUAAUUUGUGCGUUGAAUCGUUUUGAGUUAACGUUUGUGUUGCCCUGCGUUGGGAAUUAAAGCUUUUAGUUCUUUAAAAGUGUUUAUUUAUUUCGCGCAACUCGCGAGCGGCCGAUCUUUCCGUGCGCGACUUCGAUAAUAAUCGAAGUCCUCGCCGCGGGCGCAACAAUAUAAAAAGCAACUGCAUACAAUUGUAUUCAUCUCAUUUUUGCAUUUUUUGUUCCUUUUUAAAAUUUAUUUUAGAUUUGAUUUUUUGAAGAUCUAGCCAAGUUUUGCGCUGUUUAUUGAAUUGCUCGUCAUCGUGAUGAGAUUGAUUGCGAUCGCGUAUCUGUUCUCAUUUUAUACAUAUCUUAAUGCGGUCCCAAGAAAUGUAACAUCCGAGCCAAGCGAGAUGAGGAGGAGAAUAAUGCGAACUAGCUGGAUUCAAUUAAAUAACACCGAAUUCAAUCCUGAUACUGUUCUCAACACGCCGCAAAUAAUAAGGAGAGCGGGUUAUCGUGCAGAGACUCACGUUAUAAUGACAGAGGAUGGCUAUUUACUGACAUUACACCGUAUUCCAGGUGGUAACGAUUCUUUACCUGUGCUGAUAAUGCACGGUCUUUUUAGCAGUUCCGCUGACUGGAUUGUUUCUGGCAAAGACAAAGCACUCCCUUACCUAUUGGCGGAUCGAAGAUAUGAUGUUUGGUUGGGAAAUUUUCGUGGUAAUACCUACUCUAGAGCGCAUAUUUCCCUAUCGCCGUCAGACUCAAAAUUUUGGGAUUUCAGCUUUAAUGAAAUGGGCAUCUACGACUUACCCGCAAUAAUUACAUUUAUCACAAAUAUAAGCUCGCAACCAUUACAUACGUAUAUCGGUCAUUCUAUGGGCACAACUACUUUUUAUAUAAUGGCAUCAGAGCGUCCGGAAAUCGCUCGAAUGGUGCAAAUGAUGAUUAGUCUCUGUCCAGUGGCCUUUGUAAAUCAUGUGCGAAAUCCGGCACGAAAUCUUGCGCUUUCUUGGAAGAUAAUAACGCUAUUUUCCUCCCAUGACGAAUUUUUGCCACACGACGAUUUUAUGAAAUUUCUUUUGAAAUACGGUUGCGACCAGAAUUCUGCCGAACAGGAAAUCUGCGCCGAUAUCAUAUUUAUGUUCAGUGGUUAUGAUAAGGAGCAGUUUAAUUAUACUUUAUUGCCCGUUAUGGGUCACUUUCCCGCCGGUACCUCCGUUAAAACGGUAAGACAUUAUGCUCAGGAAAUCCAAUCGGGCAAAUUUUGCAAAUUUGAUUACGAUCGCGCAACAAAUUUAAUAAUCUAUAACUCGGAGGAACCUCCGGACUACAAUCUAACAAGUAUCACGGUACCAAUCGCGUUGUUCUAUUCCAAAAAUGACUUGCUGGCCGACAUAGAGGAUGUGAAGAGGUUGGCUCCUUUAUUGCCCAAUGUAGUGGAUAUGUAUGAAGUGCCGUGGCCCACAUUCAGUCACACAGAUUUUCUAUGGGCCAAGGAUGCCCCAAAACUUGUGUGAUCCCUGAAAGCGAUACUUCCUCUAUGGACAAUGAAAACAUGGACAUCAAGAACUACAAAGCCAAUGUCCAUGAAUGUUCU